AUGUCGAACCUCAACAGCAGCACCAACAGACCCACGUCGUCUUCCCGAACAGGGGCCCCCUCGAGUGGUGGAGGACAUGCGAGGUAGGAGAACACGCGGCGACGUGUACACGCUGACCACGUUCGCUGACGCUUGGACGAGCGCCACCUCCACGACCGCCCCCCCCACUUGGCUCGUGCGUGGCUCUUCCCACCGCGCAGGGACGACGUGUUGCAGUUCCUCGAAUCGCUCGACGACUAUUCCAACCCCAAGCCGACGACUAGUACGACUAGUACGACUAGCUCGGGGUCGGUUCGUGCUUCCGCUCCGUCGGUGCUGGCUUCGUCGGCCAAUUCGCGUACGGCCACCGCGCGCACGCUCUCCAACUCGACCAACACCCGAGGCGCGACCGGAGCAGCAGCAGGAGCACCCCCACCACAGGGCUCACUCCGCGCAUCCCAGAACAAUUCUUCUUUGAGCAUCUCGACCGGAACUCCGGGCAACGCAGCCACCGCUCCUUCCUCUGCGAACCCAGCCUCCUCGUCGACAGCCACCCCCGCGACGGCCAACAGCAACGCGACCGAAGCCCAAUCCGUCCUCGACUUUCUCGACGAGAUCACCCAACGUUCCUCGACCCCGACCCAUCCCGUACAGGCGAGGCCUUUGCCCGCACCUCGAACGACGGGAGGUGGACCCGCGCCAUCAUCUUUGAGUCGUAGUACGAGUAGGACGAGCAUUCAGUCCACCGCUUCGUCCGCGCCACCACCUAGGAGGAGCACCGAUAGCGUUAGGUCGACCCGUAUUCCGGCGUCCAAUAGCUCGAAUGCGUUGAGCACUUCGCCUCCGACCCAUCAACAGAAUCUGUCUUCAUUUACCACGACCCAUGCGACAGCGCCCAGCUCGAACGACGGAGCGGCAGCGAACAACAAUGCUGGAGGGUGGGGCUGGUCCUCGAUGUGGUCCCAGGCGUCGAACGUGGUGCAACAAGCUUCACACGUCGUCGCCCACGCUCGCACCGUCGCAGAGGAACAAGUCCUAUCCGCGACCCAACAAGCCAAAGAAGGUGGACUCUCCUCCCUACCCGGAGGACUGAUCAAAGCCCUCGGCGAGAACGAACAAGCGAAAAAAGUCAUGGGCCUCGCCUCGAACGUUCAUUUCGAUCAAUUAGGUAAAGACCUCAAAAGUUCGACGUUGAAGAGCCUGACGGAUUUGAUCAAUGCGGUCGCGCCGCCAAUUGCCGAACAUGAGCUGUUGAAGGUUAGCUUGAGCCAUGAUAUGAUUGGGUACGAUGGCGUCGAGCAGUUGGUGUACAGUAGUUUGUCCAAAGUGAGUGCGCGAGGAUCGGUCCAGGCGAUUGAACUUCGGACCUGAUGCCUUGUGUCGUCAGGUCAUGGAGCAAGUCGAAGGAGGGACCUUGAUUGUCAACAAGGGCGAUCAAGGAACGCAACGCCACUCCGAGUCCAACGACGAGGAACGCGAUCUCAACCUCGUCGAAGGGCUUGAAGCGGCCUGGAAACUGGCCGAGGUGAGUUCUCAUUCCGUAGCAUCCUCAGGAGCCGACGCUUUGAACCUGCACAGUGUCUGCAGUUCCUGACGGUGUGGAAGUCUCACAGGCCAAUUUGGACCAAUUGAUCAAGACGACGUUCAAGCCUUCAUCUGCUCCGAAUGCGAACAACUCGAAUGCCGCAGAGGGGGGCAUCACCAUCCCCGUUACGACCUGUCCCAUCUACAUGCGCAUUCAACCCUGUCUCGCACCGAUCCCUUUCCUCCCUCCUUCUCUUACGACCAUCUCACCAACCGAAGGCUCUGUCACAACCUCAUCAGCAAAGGCGCUCUUCUUCCUCUUGGUCUUGAACGACCCCACGCACGGGUUGAAGCACGUCAGUUUGAGUCAGAGCUUACCGGCGAAUUGGUUGGACAUCCCUUUCGAGGAGAACGAGUGGGUCGAGGAUGUGAUGGUUGAGGUGAUAAGGAGAUCGGUCGAGUGAGUGCAUCCACUUGUUUUUUUUUUGUGUGUGUUCCGGACCGGUUCGUCAUUGACAAGUUCGUUGAGAAUUGGUGCAGAAUCAUCGGUCAGGAAUACAUUUCCCAUCGGAUGAGCGCGCGAUCUCUAGCCAUCCAAAAAGCCCGCGAUCUAGCCCAGGCUCAAUUGGAUCAAGAACAUGCACAAGGUGGUGGUGGUGGUGAAGAACCUAGUAUCCGAGUGUCUUUCGAGGGAGGUGAUCAGCAACAGCAGCAGCAGCGGCAGCAGGAGCAGACGAGGCAGGCCGCGGCGAUGGCGGGGUUGACGAUUUAG